AUGGGUAAUACAGAGAGUAAUGUUACCAGUGGUGUAAAGAAACAGGCGGGAACAUCUUCGCAGAAGCUUUAUAGAUUCAUUGAUCUUAAAGGUGGCGGUCUGCUUGUGGAUAUGAUGAAACGUGCAGUACAAAACAAACAGUAUGCUGAGAUAGACCACGCUAUUAAAACUAAGGUGGAGCCCUUUCUCUAUAAUAGAGGGAAGGGUCGCUAUAUACCUAUAUCACAUUUAGUACUGCUGAGGAAUAAGGAGAGACCGCGGCAUAAAUUGUUGCCUCCAUUACGAGGCAUGGAGAACCCAGACGAAGAAUUUGAUGUUGAUAAAGAUUGGCCAGCAGUCACUCAAGAGGAAUACGACGCCAAUCCUUCCGCGUACAGAGAGCUUUGCUGGGACCUAAAGGAGCGUGGAGCUGUGGGUGAAACGAUACUUCACCUUUGCCUUCUGAACGCAACGUCUCUUUUGGCUGACUUAGCAAAGCGGUUGCUGCGGUUUUAUCCGAAACUCAUCAAUGAUAUCUACAUGAGUGACGAGUACUACGGCGAGAGUGUAUUGCACAUGACAAUAGUAAACGAAGACCCAACGAUGGUGAAGUUCUUACUGGACGCCGGGGCAGACUAUCAUGAGAGAUGCUUCGGAAACUUCAUGUGUCCUGAGGACCAAAAGGCAUCUCGAACAGAUUCGUUCGACCACGAAUGGGUUAAUGUUCAACCGGAAACGAAUUACAAUGGGUAUGUUUACUGGGGAGAGUACCCACUUAGUUUUGCAGCAUGUCUUGGCCAGGAAGAGUGUUACAGGCUCAUCUUAGCGAGAGGAGCUGAUCCAGAUAAGCAGGAUACAAACGGAAAUACUGUUCUGCAUAUGCUGAUCAUUUAUGACAAAAUAAGUACUUUCGAUAUGGCCUACGAAGUUGGAGCGUCUCUUAACAAGAGGAACAUUCUUAAUUUGACACCAUUGACCCUCGCUGCGAAGUUAGCUCGUGUCGAGCUCUUCUUCCAUAUCCUGAACAUAGAAAGAGAGAUCUACUGGCAAAUAGGUGCUACUACUUGCGCUGCUUAUCCUUUGGGUCAAGUGGAUACUAUAGAUACUGAAACUGGCAGGAUUAGUAAGGAUUCGGCGCUGAAUUUGGUUGUUUUUGGUGAAAAGGACGAACAUUUAGAGCUAUUAGAGGGCAUGCUAAUCGAUCUUCUGAAGACUAAAUGGAACACGUUCGUGAAGUUUCGUUUCUAUCGCCAAUUCAUCCUUUUUUCUUGCUAUUUUCUGAUCUCUCUGGUGUGCUUUACGUUACGACCAGGUCCUCCAGAUCGAGCCGUUAAUGGUACGGUAGUUAACACUACUAUGGGACCUUUGAGUAAUGAUACUGAAUUGGUAACUGAAGUUGAGGUCAAUUGCACUAUGCCAAAAACUGGGAUAGAAUUCGAUCCAGGAGACGUUGAAGUCUUUAACAGCACUAAACCAGGAGGCAUUCAGUGUGGGAAUUUCAAAAGUCAUCCAAAAGAGAAAGAAAAACCUAGCACUGAAGCUCCCAGAGAAAAUGACAUGGAAGGUUGGUGGGAAGAUUUAACUGAAGAAUGUAGAUUAAUGAAUUUCGAAACUUGGCAAGCUAAGGUACGAAUCAGCUCAGAGCUCAUGUUAUGGGUUGGCGCAUUAGCAUAUAUCGGGGCAGCGUUACGCGAAGCAAGAUUUCUAGGACUGAAAAUGUUUUUUGAGAACUUAAGCACUGUACCAUCAAGAGUGAUGUUCUUAUUCUCUUGUCUGCUGAUGGUGGCGUUGCCGACGUUACGACUCUGGUGCGCUGAUGAAGAAGAAGAUCACCUUGCAGUUAUAAUCAUGCUUACCACUGCGCCGUACUUUUUGUUUUUUUGCCGAGGAUUUAAAACGGUUGGUCCUUUCGUUGUGAUGAUAUACAGAAUGGUAAUGGGAGACCUCCUUCGGUUUGUUUGUAUUUAUCUGGUUUUCGUUAUGGGAUUUUCUCAAGCGUAUUACAUAAUAUUUCUAUCGUUUGACAACCCUAAUACGCCAGAGGGUGUGGAUGAUUCGGUGUCGAACCCCAUGCCCUCACCGAUGGAAAGCAUAAUGGCCAUGUUCCUGAUGUCACUAACAUCGUUUUCCGACUAUUUUGGAGCGUUCGAGAGAACUGAUCACGAAAUAGCUGCUAAACUAUUAUUUGUCAUAUACAUGAUUAUAGUAGCGAUAUUACUCGUGAACAUGUUGAUUGCAAUGAUGGGCAACACAUAUCAGAAGAUCGCUGAAACUAGAAACGAAUGGCAAAGACAAUGGGCUAGAAUAGUACUUGUGGUAGAGAGAGGGGUACCGCCAGCUCAGAGGUUAAAACAGCUGUUAGCUUACAGUCAACCAAUGGCUAGUGGAAAAAGGGCUCUGGUAUUGAGGAUUAAUCAAAAGGAUGAAGACAAAGAAGAAAUGAAGGAAAUACUAGAAAUGAAGCGGACCCACGAGCGUAUCGUAGCGAAGAGGAAGCAGCGAUAUGAGGAAUUAAAGGGGGCGAAAGGUGUCCCACCACCUGUCAGAGAUUAUCCUACUACGAAGAAUCCAAAUGCUGUGAAAAAACCACGCAAUAUCAUACUAUAGACUGUAAAACUCUUUAGUUAUUUAUUUAUUAGCGGUAGUGUUGAGCGUAGUUAUAUAAAAUAUUUUAUUUAAUAAAAAAUAUGUCCUAUAGUGUCCCUUUAUCUGGGACACUAUAGGUGCACUAUAGGUGCUGGUAAAAAAUAA